CCAAUUUAAAGCGGAUUUUCGGCAGCUGCAUUCUGUAUAAAUUGGGAGUCUGGGCAGAGCCAAAGCAUCAGAAGCAACCGAGCCAUCUGUACAUCAAGCCAGCUUUACCAUGAAGUUCCUACUCCUGUGCACUCUCAUCCUGGGCCUCGCCUUCUUCAUGGCUUCUGCCCUACCCCAAGCCAACGAGUAUGAUGCUCCGAUGGUGGAUCUUGAGCAUGACCACCAUCAGGUGGUACGCAGCGCCCCAGUGCAUCUCGACGAUGAGAAGAAUCCGCACAAGCACGACGAAGUCGCCUGCUGCGGCUAGGCUCCAGGACGCUUAAGGCGAGACGGCACUUUCAUCGAUCUUCAAACGCCUUUAAAUUUUAAUAAAGAGCAAUAUUGAAAAAGUA